AUGAUCAAUCCCGGUCGACUCGGUCCGGAACAUCAGAAACCAACGGAUACUCAUGUUCUACAUGACCGGCUCAACACCUUGUUCGGAGGCGAUCUCUUUGCGGGACCUCCGCAGGGGGCCGCCGCAGAACACUACGCUGUGAUAGCGACUGGCAUAUCUGGGGCUGGGAAAACUACCGUAAUGAGGGAAAUAUUGAACAUGCUCUCUGACUCUGACUACGCGGAAAAUAAGAACGCGAUCAUUAAAUUGGAGAAGUCUAUGAUCAUCACCGACGCACUCGGCAACGCCAGGACGAAGAAUAACGACGAUUCGAGCAGAAUGAUCAAGUCGAUCCAGACUAGCAACCUCGGCCGCGACCCCCGCUUUGUCGUAUCCGCCAUGAUGCUCGAGUACACAAGGGUCCAUUGCCUUCGCUCGCCUUCGGGUAUCAAAGGAAAAGAGGAGCGAAGCUUCCACAUAUUUUACUAUCUGUUUGCUCACGGCCAUCGCGCACUCGAUUUCGAUCUUAUCCAGGAACUCUAUCCACAAGGAGUGAGGUCAGAUGACGAUGGAGAACAGUAUCAUAAAGUGAAUGAUGCCAUGAAGCUUGUGGCUGGCGAACAAGAUACACUGCCUGCGUUGACCUGGAAUGGACUUGCCGGAGUGGCACUGUUGAUGGCAGCAAAGAAUGGUAGCGACCCAAAAGUCAAGUCGGCAUUUGAGCUUGUUCAAUACUGGGACAUGGAGCUUUCUCUCCCAAAAGGCAAGACGAGGACUGAGCAGGCUGAGCUGGACGAACUAUAUGCCCGGGGCAAGGCUAUCUAUCGACCGAUCUUCGAGUUCUGGACCGGUAAAGCCAGUCGACUUGGGAAAUCUAGAGAGGAAAAAGGACGUGUCAUCACAUUUUUCGAUAUCUGUGGGUUCGAGUCACUGGAAAAAAACAGACUUGCCCAACUCCUCGUCAACGAUUUCUACGAAAAGGUCGAUGACAUUGCUGCUGCCAAGUCUGCUUCCCAGGGUUCUUCGAAACAUCCGGGUGGAAUCUCCUGCGACCAGACGAGCGCGCAUUUCCUCAUCAAUGAAAUAUCCAAAUGUCGCACAUCGCGCGGCCUGGAUGAGGCAUUAUUGAAUGCCAAAGCUCAAGAUAAAAAUCGAAUUUCGAUCAAGGGGCCCCCGGGGAAACUACAACUCUCGAUCAAACACCUGACAGAAGCUGUCGAAGUCCAGUACGAUCACACAACCUUCUUGUCGGAUGACGAAGAUGAACGACAUCGCAAAUUCCUGGACGGCUGUCGAGGUCUCGCCGCCAUGCUCGCGUCUCCUCCCUCCAACGAUAUCAAACGUCAUACCACCACGGCGUCCAUGCUUAAUGAUUGGCGAAACGCCCAAUCAAUCUUGAGCCGAGCCCACGUUCUCGUUAUCAAUUGCAUCAAGGCGUCCAGCACCUUGUCUCCCUGGUUGUUUGACGACAAGCAAGGAUCCGAGGAGACAUCCGAUUACCAGCAGGGAGCUAAAGGAAGAUCAGACGAUAAGCAAGGGGUCAAGGCACAAAUGAUCAAUCUUGCUACCGUUCAGACUAUGAACUUGAUGCGUUCCAUUCAAAUGGACAAAGAGGACACCAAAGCAAACUUCGCCGCCCGUUACGCGUGUCUCCUCCCGGUAUCUCCGCCAAACAUGGGUUUCGUCGGACAAGCCGAACGCGCACACAACACCACAGUCUCAGUGAUUGGUUGGGUAUCCGACAAGGACGACAAAGCUUGGAACCAAAGCUGUCUUCUCCUUGCCAACAAGGUCUAUUGUAGCCAGAUUUUUGCUGAUCGCCUCGAUGAGCUUGUGAAAGCUCAAGAUGAGCAGGAAAGAGAGCCGGAUGCCCCUCCAGCGUACAUUUUCCAUUCGGACGAGGAAAAAGACCAGGAGAUACGGGCUACGGUCAGCGCAGCGCUUGACUGGUAUUGUCCGGAUGAGAGGCCAAGCGAUAGACACGUCUCGGAAAUCUUCGACCUGGUUAUCCACUGGCUGGUUCAACAUUUGGGGGACUGUACUAUGGUCAUUCCGAACGUGUUCCUCCAAAACCUUCUGAGAGACACAAUCAUCUCGGAAGCGCAGUUGAGGUUAAUCGCUGCCGGCGACUCUGACUUGGGUAUCGAGGUUUGGAACCAAUUCUCGGCCCGCCUCAUCGCUCUAGCGAGAGGAGGUUGGAACGAGACCGAUCUAAACGCACCUGCCAGAGAUACCAGUGUCCGCGAACAACAGCAAGCGUGUCUCAGGGCUUGCCUGAGGAACGCAAGCUAUGCUCUUUUGGCGGACCCCUCACAUGGUCCCGACCAAUCCGAUUGGAUGAGGAGCGAACUAUUUUUGUUGGUUGGCCAGCUCAGUCGAGCGUGA